GUGGCUGCGGCGGCGAAUCUGCUUGGGCUCGCCAUGCAGUUCUUGGGGGUUGCUGAGCGGGGGCGCGCCAGCACCAUGCGGCGAUGUGUAUUGGCUCUGCCGCGCCUGGGCGAGUUGGCGGCGGGGCCGUUGGUGCUGGCUAGUCAACGUGGUGAUGCCCUGCAGCCGUGCCGCGACAUGGUACUCGAGCUCUCGGUGGCCUCUGCCAUCGAGCAACUCGCGGCGCUGCUGGGCCAGCGGCCCAACUUGUCCGUGCACGAGGACGCCGCGCGACGCAGACGGAUGCAUCGCCUGUUGCGCCGUCUUUCGCUGGGGCGCUCCGUUGGGUUCUCGCCCGCGCUCGGGCCGUUGGGCGAGGUGCUCGCGGGCUUGGCAGAGAUGGCAUACGAGUUUCGUCGGCUCUGGGGCGAUGAGUAUGCCCAGAGGCUGGCCAACCGCGACGAGUUCGAGCAGUGGAUAGUUGCGGACAGUACCCCGCGGCCGCCGCGGGCCGAAGAGGAAAGUUUCGCCGUCAUGGUCAGCUUCGACGCCGGCUCCGAUGUGCGCUUAUAUACAUUCAAGGAGCGCGGCCUGCGUUUCAUGCUCCUCGCGGGCGCCCGCGCGCUCAUGGACGUGAUGCUCACCCGGCGGGCCCUGCUGUUCGUUGCGUCCUACUUGCUGCGUUGCCAGUGCCGCCGCCGGCUGGCUUUCUCCAAUCCCGAAGUCCCACGUCGCGCUUUUAAUCAGGCUGUGAAAGAUGCGGCCCAGGGGCAUGUCGGAGCCCUCCGCGCGUUGGACAACAUGUGGGCGGACGAUGAUCCCGGCUCAUAG